AUGUCGAUAUCACACUUAGCCCGGGAGCUGUCUAAUCAUGCUCCUCUCCUCAUCUCUGUCUCGACUAGAUUGGAUAAUAAGCCACGACCAUUUAGGUUUUUAAAUGUUUGGAUGAGGCAAGAUGAGUUUCUGCCAAUCAUUAGAGAAUCUUGGGACCAAUCCUGUCCCAAGUCCCCUAUGCAAAUCCUUUGUCACAAGUUGAAAAGGCUUAGGGGAGCCAUCCAGUCGUGGAAUAAGGAGGUGUUCGGGGAUAUUUUUCAAGGAGUCAAGAAGAAGGAAGAGGAAUGGUGGCUUGCUAUGGUUCAAAUGGAGAAUGAUGAGUCAGAGGGAGCUCGGGUGGUGAAACAACGGAGGCUACAAUUGGUGAUUCAUAAGGUCAAGAAUGAAAGAGGUGAAUGGGUUGAGUCUGAGGAGGCUACAGGGGAAGAGGCUGUACAGUUUUUUGAGAAGAUGUUUACGGCUCAACAAACAACUUCAUCUCCUGAUUUGAUACAGAAUAUCCCCAAACUUUUGAUGGGUGAGGACAGUGUUUUGCUGGAGCAAGUCCCUUCCAAGGAGGAAAUUCGCCGUGUAGUGUUUGAUAUGGAUGGGGAGAGUGCACUGGGGUCUGAUGGCUACACAGGCAAAUUUUUUACGGCUGCAUGGUCAAUUAUUGGAGAUGAUAUGGCUAGGGCAGUGUGCAGUUUCUUUUGUAGAGUUGAAUUGCCAAGGGCAGUUACGGUGACUUCCAUUGUGCUCAUCCCUAAGAUAGCACACACCCAGAAUUUCUCACAGUUUAGGCCGAUUAGCCUGUGCAAUUUUGUAAACAAAAUUUUUUCGCGAUUAUUGGCCGAUCGAUUGGCUAAAGUGUAA